AUGAGGUUAAAAAUCGUUUUCCUAAUUUGCAUAUUUGGUGGACUUAAUGCUUUGCAACAGGAAAAACGUCUCCUUGUAAAUGACCCGCAGAUGAUGGAGACGCAAAUUGUUGAACUCCAAAGACAGGUCCAACUGCUGAAAGAAGAAAUGACCAAAGUUACACAGAAUAAUAAUUAUGGAACAACGUACACAAUAUGGGGAAAGAGAAUAUGUCCUCAACUGAGCAACACCACAACUCUGUACAGUGGCGUUGUAGCGGGAAGUUUCUUCACAGAGACGGGAAACGGAGCUAACACAUUAUGUUUACCACAUGAUCCGGAUUCAGUUGACGCCAACUUUCCAAUUCAUCAGAGCGACGGCAUUGCCCAUCUCUACGGAGGAGAGUACCAGUUUAGUUUCAAGAAUGUAGUAUAUCAGGAUGAUGUCCCAUGUGCCGUCUGUCGCGUGACACAAGCAACGUCUGCAUUAAUUAUUCCAGGAAAACUAUCGUGUCCUUCAGGGUGGGUUAAACAAUACCAAGGAUUUCUGACUUCAAAUGCAUAUAAUGAACAAAAAUCAGAGUACCUCUGCCUGGACGACAAUCCGGAUUUCAUUGAGAGAUCUAGAGUAAAUGAAAAUGGGAAGUUAUUUCAUCCUGUUAUCACCGUAUGUGGAACUCUGCCAUGUCCACCGUACAAAAAUGGCACCUAUGUCCCAUGUUCCAUUUGUACCGCUUAG